AUGGUCGGAGACAUUGGCAUUUCCAGUGUAACAUGUGGAAAUAUAAUUUUCAAGUAUCUCAUUUCUGUUUGGAUGGACGACAGCUUUGAUGAGGGGGAAGCUGAAAUAAGAGCAUCGCCAUUUAAUGAGACUGAAAAGCAAAUUCGCCUAAGCAAAUCGGAAGAAAUUCGAAAUUUUCUAAACGAAACUGGGGAUCCUUGUGAAGAUUUCUACAAUUUUGCCUGUGGCAAUUGGAGAGCCCACAAUAAGGCCACAGAGGAUGAAUUAAAGAAAAGUGUGCUCUUAAAUGUGGAAAAACAGUUUAACUUAGAACUUAAGGCUAUGCUUGAAAGUGAGGACUUUGCAGCCAAAGAUACAAUAGAAGAAAAAGUCAGAGAUUUCUAUAAAUCAUGUCUGGAGAGACCUACAGAAAGCGAGGUUUAUCACAGCAAACUUAAGGACAUCAUACAGGAAUUUGGAAAGAUGCCCUUGCUGGAGAAGGAUAAUUGGGUGGAAAAAGAUUUUGACUGGUUAACAACAGUGGCCAAUAUUGCCCAGAAAUAUAAUCACAACAUUUUGCUUGGCUUUAAAGUGUUGCCAUAUUUAAGAAAUGUCUCCAUUCAUGGUAUACUGUUAACUCAUCAGGAAUUUCCUUUUCCCUUGCCCUUAAAUGCCAACAAUAGUGAGGGGAUCUAUUGGCAACGCUAUGAGGAAAACGUAACACACAGAUUGCUAAGAUAUUUUGGUAUUGAUGCCAAUUUAGCUCAAGAAACAGCCCAAGAAAUUGUUAAAUUUGAAAAAGUUUUAGCUCAAAGUGCCUCCCAUGACAGAUAUGGACCAGAUGAAUAUCGCACCGAAACCAGUGUCUACAAGCUGCAAAGGAAAUACUCUCCUUAUAUGGAUAUUGAAAAGUAUAUGCAAAUUGCCUUUGAAUCCAUACCCGAGGAUAAUGUCAUAGAGGAAAAUGAAAGUUACCAUUAUAGCCUAAUUGAGUUGAUGGCAAAAACUCCCAAGAGAAUAAUAGCCAACUAUAUUUUCUAUAACCUGAUCCACAAAUUUGCCUCCAACGAUACCAACUGCAUUGUGGAAACCAAAAGACAUUUUCACAAUGUUUUGGAGAAUAUGUGGUAUAGACGUCAUAACAUUGCCGAAAUGGAACGGGCGGUGUCCAAUAUGUUUGAAGACCUAAAGUCGGUAUUAUUCAUAAAAAUGAGAUCUAAGGCAUACAAAUGGAUGAGCCUGAGAAUUCUUAGAUACUCCUUGGAAAAAGUUAACGCACUUUCCCUGAAAGUCUACAACUACAAUGAUACCGAUUUUCAAAGGGAAUAUGGAACAUUGAAUCUCAAUAGUUCCGAUUACAUAGAAAAUUUAAGGAAUAUUUAUUCCCUAAAAGCCCGUCAGCAUAGAGAAAAAUAUUACCAGGCCACUAACGACUAUUAUGAUGCUGAAAAUAUGCCUGCAGGCAUAAAAUAUAUACGCACUGAAAAUCGCCUUUUAGUUCCUUUGAAUGUUCUUCAAGCCCAUCAAUUUCGCUCCACCCUAUACCCCUUAGCUGUUAACUAUGGCCAAUUGGGUACCAUGUUGGCCCAUUCCAUACUCCAUGCCUUUGAUGAUGAGGCUCGUUUUGCUGACAAAUAUGGCAAUGAGGCUGAUUGGUGGGAUCAUCCAUCUACGGUCUUCUUUGAUGACCACACUCAGUGUUUCCGCCAACAAUAUCAACGGUUUACCUAUGCCGGACUUCCUUGGCCCGAUAGCAUAGUACAAUCGGAAAAUAUAGCCGAUAAUGGUGGAGUGAGCAUGGCUUUUCAAGCCUAUGUUGCUUGGUAUGAGAAUACUUCGCGACCUCAAAAUAAUCUGGAUCAAGAACAGUUGCCUGAUUUGAAGUAUAAGAAUAGGAAAUUGUUCUUUAUAGCCUAUGCCCAAUCCUUGUGUGCCGAUAUUCAUCCGGAUUAUGAUUUCUUCGUAUUGGCCUCGGAAUAUUAUCCACCUGAGAGUUUAAGAGUUCUCGCGUCAUUAUCUAAUAUGGAAGAGUUUUCCCAUGUUUUUAAAUGCCGACCGGGCAGUGUUAUGAAUCCUGAGGAUAAGUGUAAGGUGUAUUAA